AUGCCUUCAAUCACCAGCCUCCUCUCUUAUGCCGCCAUAACUCUUCUCGCCUCCUCUCACCUCUCCGCUGCCACUCCGGUGCCUAUGUGCAAAUUGGUUGUACGAGAAACUCCAGCCCUCCCUACCACCGGCAGCGGCACUCAACUCCCAGCCGUUAGCGCUGGUCUCCACCUCAAAUUCGUCACCCUCGGCCGCGGCGUCCAGAACUACACCUGUGCGGGUGGCUCCGGCACCCCAACUGCCGUUGGCGCCAUCGCAGAUAUCUUCGACAUCACCGCCCUCGCACAGUUGAGCCCCACCUCCGCUGCCUUCACCGGCCUCCCAGCAGCAGCCGCCUACCUCACUAUCCCUGGUGUCCAGCAGUUGCUGAACACCCGCAUGCCUGGUGGCAACACCGCCACAAUUAUUGGAAAGCACUUCUUCAACUCCGCUGGUGUCCCGACCUUUGAUUUGUCUGCUAGGGGCAAGAAGUUGCUCAGCAAGCUUGUGGGUAAGGUCCCUGCUCCCGCAACUGCGGAUGUAGGCCCUGCUGGCACCGGAGCUGUGCCGUGGCUGAAGCUUGACGAUGCUGGGGGCAGUGCCGGGCUCAAGGAGGUUUACCGUGUCUACACCGCUGGAGGCAAUGCACCUGCUUCUUGCUCUGGCCAGGCGGCUGUUUCUGUUGAAUAUGCCGCCAUGUAUUGGUUUUACGGGUAA